UUGCUUAAAAGUGAUCAAUGUUACAUCGUCGGGACCGGUUUGGGAACAACCCAAAGUACCAUUCACGAUCAUUUCACACGUUAUAGCCCGUUUAGCGUUGUACAAACUCCCUGUUCGUACCUCUCUAUUAUUUGGUGCACUAAUGCCUUGGGUAAACUUUACUCUCUGACCACCCGCGGUGCUCACGAUACGGUAUGGACUAAGGCUGCCUGUACAUUUGAUUUUAGACAUGAAAUUUUUUUAAGGAAUUCUCAGCCUGGCACUAUUCGUGGUGAUCUCUGUGGCUCCGACUCAGUUGAAGCAGCUAACAAAGAAAUCGCUUUAUGGUUUACUGAAAAAGAACUCGUCGGAUAG